GAGGGGGGGGCGGGGUUUCCGGUUCCGGUGGAGGCCGAGCGCGAGAAGGAGCGGGAACAGGCGGCGUCAGGCAGCUCAGCGCGGGCUCGGCCUCAGCUCAGCUCAGCUCAGCUCCGCUCCCCUCACACAGUAGGUUGAGCUAACCCACAAUAAAUUGUUUGGAGAACGUUUGGUGUCCUGUGUGUGGUGUCGCUGAAUUUCAAGUGUCAGGUGAAAGAAUUUGUGCUUCCCAGCUGCUGUUCACAGUGACCCAUGCAUUGAAGGUCGGUGCUCUAUGUGAAAAUACCUUGGUGAUAAGCAGAACUUGUAUGCAUGACAGGAUGCAGUCCUUGAGCCUCCAAAAGGACAGUGAGACUGAAGUUGCAGAGAUGCCUAUUCGCCGGAACGCUAGUCCCUCUGCACAGGAGAGUCCUACAAAGAACAAACCUGCCGCAGAUGCUGACGUGACUUCAGAAGAAUCGGUGUCUGCGGAGGAGGAGCCAGAGAAUGAUGCUACAGCUGUGACUCAGGAGGAGGAAAAGAAAGAAGCAGAAAAAAGUGGUGAUGAAGAGAAAGAGGAAACCAAGCCUUCAGAGGAGCCCAAGAAGGAGGAGAAGGAACCAACCAAGGACAAGAAGAUUAAAAAGACCAUUCCAUCCUGGGCCACCCUGUCUGCUAGUCAACUCGCUCGUGUGCAGAAAAAUUCUCAGAUGACAGCGACUGCACGGCCAAAGAUGGAUGCUAUUGUUGUAGAAGCUAUUAAGUCCUGUUUUCAGAAGGCUGGUGUCUCUGUUGUCGCCAUACGGAAAUACAUCAUUAACAAAUACCCGUCGCUGGAGCUCGAACGUCGGGGAUACAUACUAAAGCAGGCUUUAAAGCGGGAGCUACAACGGGGCUCUAUCAAACAGGUGAAGGGAAAAGGUGCCUCUGGAAGUUUUCUGGUGUCAAAUGGAGGAAAGCAGGCACAGAAAUCAAAACAGGAGAGAAGGAAGACAGCCUCUCCUGGAACAAUGGAUCAGCCAAUCAAGUUAGAGGAUGCACUGCCGAUGGCAUUUACAAAGCUGUGUGAACCCAAGGAAGCUUCCUACAGUCUGAUCAAGAAAUACCUUCUGCAGUACUACCCCAAACUCAAUGCUGAGAGCAGGCCCCAUUUACUGAAACAGGCUUUGCAGAGAGCUGUGGAUAAAGGUCAACUGGAACAGAUAACCGGCAAGGGAGCAUCUGGCACAUUCCAACUCAAAAAGGUUGGAGAUAAGCCAUUGUUAAGCGGAGGUCCAUUUGAGGAUGCAAUUCUCAGCGCUAUCGUUGCCAUGAAUGAACCUAAAACCUGCUCCACCACAGCGCUUAAGAAGUACAUCUCUGAGAAACUCCCUGCAGCAAACUCCAACUUUCAGAUGCAUUUGCUGAAGAGAACGCUACAAAAGUGUGAGAAGAACGGGUGGAUUGAGCAGAUUUCUGGGAAAGGCUUCAGUGGCUCUUUCCAGCUGUGUUUCCCGUUCUACCCCAGUCCCAAUGUUCUUUUCCCAGAGAAAGAGCAGGAGAAAGAGGAGGAGUCCGAGGAAGAGGAGGAGGAGGAAGAGGAAGAGGAGGAAGAGGAGUCCGAGUCUGAAGGGGAAGAAUCUGACUUUGAUGAUCCACCACCUAAAAAGCGAAGCAGGCACAAGGCUGUCCCACGAGCCAAGGCAAAGCUACGGAGAGAGAGCAAGCCAAGGAAACCCUCACAGAAAUCCAAGAGAAACCCCAUAGCUGCCAGAAAAGUACCAACCAAAAAGCCAGCACCGUCGCGCCCAGCAGAGAAGCUGGCCAAGAAAGCAGCAGUGCCCAAUAAGCCGCUGCGAAGUUCUUCCAAAAAGCCUCCGAGGGUGAAGAGGGCAGCCAAGGCUUCUGCACGACAUUCACAGAGGCAGAGGAAGAAGUAACAGCCCCAGGUCACAACUGGUUUCUUCGGUGGUGCAUGUUCUUGUUAUUUGAAACAUGCCCCGUAACCCAGUAAAUACUGCAGCUAACCUAGAAAUAGUAGGAAAUUAUUUUUAGAUAAUUAUAAUUGUAGAAGGCUAUUUUAGAUGAGCUGUUGUUCAUCAGCAACUUGUUUCAACCAUUGUUAAUUUUUUUAGGUUAUUAUUGGCUUUUGACACUUUAUACUUAAAGGUGCAGCCUAGUGGCAGAUUUCUUGACUCUGUUUAAGCGGGGAGCAAAUGAGAAAUGCUGGCUUAAUUUAAAUAAGUAAAAAAAAAAAAAAAAAAUCAUGAUGUGGGAACCUUAUUGGGUGCUCUAACCUUUUGGGAGGCGAAAAACCCUUAUUCUGAUCUUCAUAUGUCUUCUUAAAAUAAAGUAGUUGAACCACGCCUCGCCCGCCAGUGUGUGUUUCUGCAGCAGUGUGUAACCUCUGAUGCUGCCACCUAGUGUUGCUAGCUUAUAGGAGCCACUAAUUUUAGUCUAGAGUUAAGGAAGGGGAUAAAUACUAAACAUAACUGUAAACCCCCAAAAGUGUGAAGAUUUGUAAAACCUAAUGAAUUAUUUUAACAGUUAAUUACCUUCCAUGAGGUCAGGUAUUUUAAAAGUGUUUUAACAUUUCUCUCUGAUUUAUAAUUGAAGACCAAUGGAUUGAAAUUGCCCUGUGAGACACAGUUAUGACAGUUGUCGCUAUCUUCUGUUUUCCUUCCUUUUUUGAUAAAUACAUUGUUGUCUGAUUCAGUGUUGGAGUACAGUCCUUGCAUGCAAAGCCUCAUUUUGUUAAGCUUCUUCUGUAAUCUUGUCUCACUUAGUAAACAGUACCGUACAUUGUAA